AUGGCAAUCUCACACUCCCCGACGAAGACUGAAACGUUCAGCGUGCAACACCGCACCCUCCUUCGUCCUCAAAUCGACGCCAGUAAGCGGCUGAGGCAGCUUCAGAGCAACGAGCGGCAGAAGCGAAACCAGAGCGACACCACCUCUGAGGCAUUCCCACAGCCAACCACCUUCAACUCCACUACAAAGACCGCGCUCUCCAGGAGGGCACAUACCAAAAAGCAGAACAGGAUGAGCCGCCCCAAUGUUCGACGGGUAAUCAUCCGCUUGCCCCCUUCACACGUACGGGAUGCAAUGCAGUUCAUCCCAAUAAAAGAUAUUUUGGACAACCUGAUUGCCAAAAACCUCGAAAAGGUCCCGAACGAGGAAGACAUUGCGACGGCAGCCACGUACUACUUCUUGGACGUGUGCAGUACAUACCCUGCUUCCCUGAUCCGGUUUGCGGCGAACGUACUCAUCCGCCAUUUUGAACCAAUCCUGGAGCGGACGACACCAAGAUACAAGGCGUACGAGACGCUAAAAGCCAAACUACAAUUUGUCAAGGCCAUGAGGGCUAUCCGUGCUGGUAUGUUUUCUCCUCCCCAUAACCUUAAGAGGGCUUGCAUUCGUUGA